AUGUUUUGCUGUAUUCCAUCUCCAGUGCCUGAAAAUCCUUCCCCACAAGCAAUCAAGCUUUUCCGCAUACUAAAAGUGCUCGUGAUCAUUCAAGUCAUGCUUGGGAUCUUUAAUAUGUUUGUAGAUAUAUGAUCAGGUUUUCUUUUACUUAUAGGAGCAAGCAUUUUGUAUAUGAUUACCUGUUCGAGAAAUUGAUGCACAUGCGUGUUUUAUAUUGUGCUUUGUAUGAUGGAUAUUAUGACUUGUAUAAUGUUAGUCGGGGACUAUUUUUGCGACCAUAGCAAGAUUGAAGGAGAUCAUGGUGUUAUGGUAUUUUUCUCGAUGAUUAAAUUUCCUUUUUACGCGAUUUCUAUAUUCUAUACAUUUUUGAGCUACCGAGAGCUAAAAGGUUAGAAAUAUUUAGGGCUGUUUAUUGAAGUUACAGAAGGAGGAGCGCUGGGAAUGUCUCAGCUCAAUAUGCCAGUUCAAGCGUGGCAAAAUGCAAGAGAUCAACCUAGGGCACCAGAGCAGCAACCAUUCCAAGGUACUGGAUACAGGCUUGGCUAA